AUGAAGGUCACCAUUUCUCCUUCAGUUACCUUGGAAGGUGCUGCUGACCUUCUCGAAAUCAUCAGGUCAUGUCAAAAGUUCGGAUUAGAUCCUGAGGUUCAUCGGAGAUCCUUGAGAGAGUACAUUGAGAACAAGGUCGCAGAGCACUUCGAUGACGAGCGGAUUCGAAAUGGCAUGCUGUCGCUGGAUAAGGAGGCGAGAUGGUUCGCCGAAUCGGUCUGUAGAGAUUUUCCAUCUCUCCAUGGGUUGGGACACUCAAGAUUUUCGCUGAGGAAUGAGCCCCGAAGGAUUAUCGACGCCUUCCCGUUCUUCAACGAGAUCGAGAUAUUGCAAGUUCGUAUCAAAGAGCUGGAUCCCGUCGUGGAUAAAUUUAUCCUGGUGGAAAGUGCAAUGACCCACUCUGGGUUCCCGAAGGAGCUGAUCUUUGAAAGCAACCGCAACUUCUUCGAACCAUGGCUUGAGAAGAUUGUCCACAUUAUCCUCGACUCUCUGCCCAACUCGCCAGAUCACUGGGUCAGAGAACGAGCGCAAAGAGAUGGAAUCCAUGAAGGGUUGGAGCAGUCUGGUGCCGAUGGGGAAGACCUCCUCAUAGUCUCAGAUACCGACGAGAUCCCAAGAAGGUCAACCAUCCGGGCCCUGAGCUGGUGCGAUGGUUUCCGAUCUCCUCUGCAGCUUCGUAGCGCCUUCUUCUACUACUCCUUGGAGCACCGCUGGACAGAGAGGCUGGACGUCGGGUACCGACCGUUCCAAUGGAAGCAGCCGCGGGCCAUCCUGGUGUCUCAGUUGGCCUUCCCCCGUCUCACUGUCAACCAUCUCCGGUAUGACCCUGCAGACGAGGCUUCCAACAAUAUGGAUGUCAUACUCGACGCCAGCUGGCACCUGAGUUUCUUCGGCGGUGUCGAUCGAAUCAAGACUAAGAUUGAAGCAUAUGCGCAUCAGGUGACAUACCCAAGGGCCCUCCUCCUCUUGCUCGCAUGUCCUCUCCUCGCUUCCCCCAUCCUCAUCGAGAGACCGAGCAACGGCAGCGAGUUCUUCCUAGACGAUGGGGUGCAGGUGCUGCUGCACGUUCACCGACCCGCCAUGGCGUGCGAAGGGAGCAACGACACGGUUCACCUGAUGCUCGAUGGUGUCCCCGUCGCCGCAAUGAGCAUGCAACAAGCGCUGUCUCCGCAUCCUACCUCCCUCGAGCGCCUCCGUCCUGGCCCCCACGUCCUCACGGUCAUGCUCAUGUCAAGAUGCAGAGACAGAACGUGGGUGGAGGAGGAUACAGCGUCCUUCGACGUGCUUGCUGAGUUGAGGAUGGGGAGGACGAUUGUGGAGGAGAAGACGACGAGAGGAGGAGAGGAGCCUCUGACUGGUCUGGACGAGGUUGCUCUGAGGUAUGCCUCCUUCUGCAAGCACGUAGGGCUCUUGCCUCGUUCGUCUCCCUCGUUUCUCCUCCAUGUCGUCAUGGUAGCUGACGACCCUGAGCUCCUCCUCCUCCACAUAGAAGAGCACGCCGACUUCGUCGACCUUCUCCUUGUCCUCCAGGUCUGCUCCUCCGAUCCCUGCGACAACAUCGUCGACGCAUGCCAGGAGCUCGCUCCCGCAAUCCAGCCUUACCUCCACAAACUUCAGCAUCGCUUCCUCUUCGCGGCAUCGGAGGAAAGCGCAUGGAACGCCGUCGAGCUCCCGCUGGAGCUGCUGGAGGACGAGGACCUUGUGCUGGUGUCGAGAAUUCUCCAGGUGCCCAAGAGGUCCUCAGUCAAGAUGCUCCGCUUCUGCCAGUCCUUCCCGCUCCCCCUGCUCCUGCAGGCGAGUCUGUGCAGGAGAGACUUGCGACACUGCUUCCCUGCCUCGGACGGGCCGCGCGCAGCCACAGCAAGGAUGAUGAAGUCGUUCAUGUCAGUUCACAAGCUGCGGGGCCUCGCGCUAGAGGAUGAGGGGAUGAGAAUCCCUGCUGCUGCCUGGACCCUCUGCUGCUUCCCCUUACUUCACACAGCCUCCUCCUCCUCCUCCUCCUCCUCCUCCUCCUCCUCCUCUUUCUCUCCCUCCUCCUUCUCCUUGGGAUCUCUUGUCAGUAACGUCUGUGAAGAUGGUUCAGACCAGGAAGGAGGAGGAGAGUCGCAGGAGGACGUCUGUCAUGAUCUCCCUGCUCUAGUCCUUUUCUCUCCUCGCUUGCGCUUCCUCGCGCGUCACUGCCCGGCGAUCGCUGCUGCUGCUCCCUCAGUCUCUGCAGCCCAGCUCCAGCUCCCUCCCCUCCCCUCCCUUCCCAGCUCCAUCAACAGUUGGAUCAGCCUGCCGGAUCACCCGGGGGUGUUCCAAGGGUUCGUGGCCUUUGUGGUCGUGCAUGCCCGAGACAGGGAAGGGAAGGAGGUGGGGGCUGAGGUGCUGUGGUCCAGUGUGAACUCUUCCUAUCUGUCCUUCCAAGUGACGGGAGCCAUCGCCUCCUCCUCCGUCGCCGACUUGCAGAGCUCUUCUCUCUUCCUGUGCUUCGUGCCCAGAGUGCGGGGGCAGCCGGGAGAGGAGGAGGAGCAGGCGGAGGCGGAGCAGGGAGUGAAGGAGUCGCAAGGAGAGCAGCAGCAGGUGGUUGUCAGGGUGUACAUAGGAGGUCGUGAGGUCUCGAACAGUCCGAUGAUGGUGCAAGCAGAGGCGGCGAGGAAGGCAAGGAGAGGAUGCGUGAGGCCAGGAGUGUCUGCGCUGGUGAAUCCUUGUCAGCGGAAGAAGGAGGCAGACGCUCUGCCGCCUGAGGAGGAGGAGGAGGAGGAGGAGGAGGUGGUGGAGGAGGAGGAGGAGGAGGAGGAAGAUCAAAGGAAGCAGAGGAGGAAGGAGAAGAAAGAAAGGGAAGAGGAGCAGAAGAAGAAGGUUGGAGUCAAUGCGGAGGAGGAUCGUUGGGGCUCUCGACCCUUGUACAGUGACGUCACACGGUUGUCUCUGAACCUCUACAGACUUCGAAACGUCUGCAUUGCGAAUCGAAGCAUCCUCUUCUUCCCCAUCCCCUCCUCCCCCUGGUUUCAGCUCGAUCAUGACCCCGUCCUCCUCCUCGGAAGGCACUGGUGGGGGCAGUGGAGCUCGAAGUACUGCUCCGUGACCUUGAAGCGAGGAAAGAGUCUCGUCGACUUCAUGAAACAGAAUGGCAUCAAUCUGGAUGACGGCGAUGCUGGAGAAGCAGGAGCAGGGCCUGUGUAUGUGACCCUGGAGGGCCCGUCCUCGCACUUUGGCCACACGUUCACAGACAGCAUGCUGCCUCUCUUCGCAACGAUCAGCUUCGUCGAGCAGGAGAGGAGGAGGGAGAGGAGGAAGAUCAUCCUCUGGCCCCACUGCGCAAACUUUUGCCCCAUCAAGGGAGACAGGAGGAGUCAGGGUAGAUUCCGUGAUCUCUUCUAUGUAGCCAGCAGUCACCCGCAAGUAGACCUACUCUCCCUCUCCUCCUUCUCCCUAUCCCUUCGCUGCCGCUGUUUCAAGGAGGUCGUCCUAGGAGAGCUCAUCGACACUCGGGUCGGGUAUCAGCGAGACAACCGCAGGACUGUUCCCUUCCUCGAGGACCUCGCCGACGCUGUUCGCAUGCUCAGGAGGAACAUCCUUGGCAGUACGGCAUUUCGCAAAGUUGACCAGCGGGAGAGGAGGAGGAUGACGUUGGUGAGGAGGAGGGAUCGACUGGUAGUGAACAUACAUGGAUUGGAGAGGUUGGGACAAGAGCUCGGUUUCCUAGCCUUCCAAGUAGACUGGGAGCACCUACGUCUCUUUCAGCAGAUCCAAGUCAUGGAGCAAACCGACGUCCUUGUUGGUGUUUAUGGUGCUGGCCUAGUCAAGAUCGCCUUUGCUCGUCCUCUCAGUCUCCUCCUCGAACUUCUGCCCUACUGCCUUCACAACGCAUCUGAUUUCUGGGAGAUCUCUUCAUCCUUGUGGAUCAGACAUUAUGUAUGGAGGAAUGCCUAUCGAAAUGCCUCAAGCUGCUCGCUUCCUACUGUCUCAUGCUUCCAGUCGGACUGCGGAGAUGAUCCUCCCGAGGGCAAGAUGCUGCUGGCAGGGAGCAGUCAAGAUCCCCUCAGGCAGGACACGCUAGUCAAUCUCGACGACAUGCGAGUCUUGUUUCUUGACAUGCUCGCGUUCCUCGGGCAUCGAGACUGGUCGAGCUCGGUUUUGGAAACAGCGUGCAGGCUAAGAGGAGGGCGGGUAGUGUGUCUGCAGUCCUUGAGCAAGGACGACCAGAGGAUCUGA